CCUCAGAAAGUGUAAUCCUCCGGAUGUUUUGCAUUGCUGUUUUAUCCUGGUUGCUGCGCGCAAUAUUGCUAAGUGACGGUAUUGACAAACAUAAAGUCUGCAAAUGUAAUGCGGACAUCAGGAUGUCGCACCCCAGACGCAAUGGGUUGUAAUUAAGGCAGGAUCUGCAGUCACUGAGUCUGGGACGUCCCGUGAAAGCGGUGCCAGGGUACCAGAUGUCUGUGGAGUUGGCAGUGACCGGCGUGCAGGCCUUCCGCGCCCCAUCCAGGACAGGGGGGGGCUGCAGAGGGGAUGUUCUAGGAGGAGUGCUGUUCAGUGGUGCCAGGAGAGAUGGAGCAUCGCAGUCCCAGCUCUGCCAUCCCACCAUGCCAGAGGUCCCCACGACGCCCCUUUCAAAGAGCUCCCCGCUCAGCAGAGCUAGCCUCAGAAAGAAGAACAAGUACAGGUUGAAGAGCCACACUCCUACCUAUUGCGAUGAGUCCCUAUUUGGCUCCCCUGAGGAAGCCCCUGCCUGGAAGUCCCCCUGGACAAAGAAGGAUGAUAUUCAUAAAUCCCGCCCUCUCCUCUGGACCCCGCCCACUCUGCACACAUGCACCACACAGGCCCCUCCCACAAACCCAGCCAAAGCGCCCCCCUUGAAAGAAACCCCACUGGAAACGCAGCAUGGCAGCACAGAGUUCCUCUAUGAAAGCAAGAGGAAUUUCUGGAACCCCCCAGAGAGUGAGGAAGACGAGGGAAUGGGGCCCAACUUGUCCUGGGUAGGUGAAAAAGGAGCUACAAGGAAUUCUAGAGAGGUGGAACUGAGACAGAGACCUGCUUCAGCAUUCACAGACCUCGCAGGGAGGCAAGCUAAUGGUAGGGUCCGGUCAGCCAGACUGAGCAAGCCCGUCUGGAGACCCAAGACCACGGGCUCCAUCAAGACUAAACCCCCCUGGAGGUAUUAAAGUGACCAGCUAACCAAGGAGAAGCAUUGGAGCAGCAAGAAUUAACAUGAAAGAGCUGUGCAUGGUUUGUGAUAGGGAGUGCUUAGUGAACAUACAGGAAGGAAUCUAUCUCACAAGGCUGUGUUGAACCUGAAGGCUUUUCCCGAAUUAUAAAGGUGAUUUGGACUAGUCGUUAGCCCUCCUAGUGAUAGUAAAGGGUCCUUGUACAUGGUGCAUGUAUAUGUCCUAUUGCAUGAUUUGGAUGAAGGGUGAGGUGAGAUAUACACUAUGGUUAAUGUGUAUAUGGCACCUUGAGAUGAGUUUUGCACUAAAUGUGUUCCUGUGUGUGUGUGUGUUGGAGUGUGUGUCUUUGUAUAAUGAAAAGGGACCACAAACAAAUGUGGAUAGAAAAGAUUUGUUUUUAUUUUAUUUUAGUUUUUUUGCUGGAUUUCUUGUAGCUACUGGGAGGGGAGAGGGGUACAAGCACUUAUAUGAAGUGAAGUGUCCAGAACACUAGUUAUUGCAACUGAACCUCAAUGUAGAAGUAAUCUACUAAAACAGUUUUAAGUAUCCUUUACCAAUUGUAAAUAUUAGUGGGUCCUCCCUUAGCGUUGAUUCCUAUUCCUGGCACUGCCUGCGUGUUGGCAUGGAGGCAGUGUGGACAUGUCCUAUUGUCUUAGUCUAUGUUUGUCAUGCUGUUGGCAUGGAGGCAGUGUGGACACAUCAUUGUCUUACUCUAUCUUUGUCAUGGUGUGUAACAGAUUGAUUACAAGCCAUUUGCUACUACUGUCUUCUAGGCUCCCUUGUAAAUGAGAUGCAAAUCUCAAGUUUUGCAGUAUUAAUUACCACAGUAAUCUGAUAUGUUUUUCAUUGUGCAGAUAAUCAAAUCCCCAAUCCUUUCCCUUUUCAUAAAAUCAAUUGAAUUUGAUUAAUAAUGUACUUCUUUCAUACAAGUGAUGUUGGUAUUUGUAUAACUGUUUGUAUAAAUUAAUUAGGAGAUGUGAUACUUUUUAUUGGACUAACUAAACAGUAAUUAAUCAUAAGCUUUCAAGACCUCAGAGGUCUCUUCUUCAGGUAAAAGCUUUCCUACUUUCACCUGAAGAGACUUUUGAGCAGCGCUCCAGAUAAGGUUUUGGGUCUGGGAGUAACUUACCCUCAAAUUUUAACACUAAGGGAGUAAAGUGGAUUUUCAGGGGGUAAAAUGCAACAUUACCUUGAAGUCAUGAGUAAUCUCGAUAAAUACUGUACAAUCUUUAAUGGUAAUGGGGUAGGCAUUAAAAAAGAGCCUUCCAUUUUAACUGCAAUGUUACUUUGAACUACUGUACAACCAUGCGUGUGUUAUACAAGAUUCUUUAUCGGCUCAGCGAAUUUUUUUCGAGGUAUCACACUGACUCUGCCAAUUAAUUGUGUUACUUAUAUUUUAACAUUAAAUUCUUAAACUCAGUGAACAUGUUAACUUCAAUAUCAAAUCAUACAGGUAAAUAAAAUAAGGACAUUCAUUAAUAAGUUAUACAAAAGUUAGUUUAAUAUUAUAGGCGCCUUUUUGUAGUGGGGUGUUUACGCUUCAACCUGUGUAGCUUCAGCUUUUUUUUAUUCUUACUGUGAUUGGCUGCAAAGACAACAGGGCUAGCCAGAGAUUGGAUAAUGUUUGUUGGGUUGUUCUUGGGUACAGUAUCCUAGUAACUGAAGACAUUCUAUUCUGGGAGAUGUAGUUGUUAGUGGAAGUUUUAGGGGAGGCAGACAAGCUGUGCAGCAAAAUUGCUAUGCGAUUUUUAAGCAUUAAAUUCAAAUUGAGUGCGUAUUCCGGCUUUUUUAUUGUGUAAAAACGGCAGGUAUGCUAUCUGGACCGCUGCCUUUGUCUUGAAAGCUUGUGAUUAUUUAUUGUUUAGUUAGUCUCUUUGUCUAUCAUCUCUGGACUGAUGCGGCUACCAUUUAAUCUAUGAUAUAAUUGAAUGUGUUUAAUUUUUAUUUUUUAUUUUUAUGAAAAUACCAUUUAAUAAAUAUUUUUCUUCCUCAAAGGU